UCAUCUUUCAGGAUUGUCACUAUGAAGGUGUUACUAUUGAUUUUAUUAGGGGCGGUUUCGUUGGCGUCAGCACGUCUGCUUCCAUACAUGCUGUCCUACCAUGAUACGGUUGGUAUCCCCCUGGCAGAACGUCUCAAGAAAUCGGAGCAAGCCCGAGACUUUGAUGGAUCUAGAAUUGUGAAUGGAAAUCCUGCUCCUUUGGGUGCUCACCCGUACAUGGUCGGUUUAGUCAUAGAAAUGCCGGGAAAUUUUAAUUCAGUAUGCGGCUCAUCUAUGCUCAGUAAUACGAGGUCUCUCACAGCUGCUCACUGCUGGUUCGAUGGAUCUAGACAAGCAUUAUCAUUCACACUGGCCUUUGGAACUACCACUGUCUUCGUUGGUGGUGUCAGAGUACGCACCACAAACGUACAGAUGCAUGAAAAUUGGAGUCCAAUAAAUUUUAGCAAUGACAUAGCUAUAAUUACCCAUAACUGGGUCACAUAUACCAACGUUAUUCAACCAAUCGCUUUACCAUCUGGAUCUCUUCUUGACAACGAUUUCGUUGGGUUCUGGGCACAAGCUUCCGGUUAUGGAAGAACCGGUGACGGACCUCUCCAUGACCUCACAUCAAACCAGAUAAUGAGAGAGGCAACCCUCCGAGUAAUUAGCAACAAUGAAUGUAGAAGUUUUUUUGGAUCUGUCGUCCGGAAUACUGUUCUCUGUACAAGCGGAGCUGAAGGUCGCAAUGUUUGCAGCAGCGACUCCGGCGGACCUCUAUCCAUUAUCGACAACAACCGGAGAGUAUUGAUUGGCGUUGUAAUGUUCGGAUCUAAUCGAUGCGAGGGUCGUCUCCCCGGCGGGUAUUCUCGCGUUACAGCUUACAACAACUGGAUCCGGGCUAGAUUAUAA